AUGGCGCACCAGAGGAGGAUAUCACAGUUUGGCAGCGUUAUAACAAAUUACUGUUGGAUGCUGUUGGCAUCUUCGGGUUUCUUCUUAGGCGUAUUCGCAGUGACUACUAUUGCCCCUGUACAUCCUAGAUUGAUGAUCCCUGUUCCUGGCACAGCUGAUUGUUCCACUGCUUGUCCCAUUGAUUGUGUUUGCUCACCAUCCACAUCAACAACGGUUGCGGAUAUGCUGAAAUAUGAUAUUGCUAUCUGGAAUAGGUUUCUUAUUGCGUUCUGUCUAUCAGCAGUGUACCUUGCGUUUUUGGCAAAGCAACGUGUGGAUGCUGCUGCCAAAGCUGAGGACAGGGCAGCCAGCGACGAGGACAAAGCCUACAAGUCCGCUCUUGAGGAUCUGAGUGCGCCGCGUACUGCCGUCAAAGAAGCCGCAGAAGCCCACGCACUGGCUCUUGAGAUGUUCCCCCCUCCUGCAGAAGGUGCUUUGGAUCCCCAUGUCAUUGCUGCCGAGAAGACCCAUUGUGAUGCUGUUCGAGCGUUUAUGAGCGCCACGGAGGAGGCUGAGAAGAAAAGACCCAUAGUUGGUAUUGCUCGAAUGGGUGAUGUGGAAAGGAGGAUUGUGCGUGGACUCUUUUUCCUAUCUGUUCUUGUCAAUAUGGGCGCCGGAAUAUGCGCAGCCGGUGCAUUCUUCCGUUCUGUUGAGCUGCAGAUGGGAAACCCCGCAGAGUUUGGUACACUUGUAGUGUUUGCAGUACCGGGAGUCCCAAUGAUCGUGUCACAUCUCUUUUGCCUCUUCGUGGCUGUGAAGGAGGACUAG